AUGGCUGCUACUUGGGUCCUGGUGCUGGUGACCGUGAUGCUGGGCUUAGCCAGAGCAGGCCCUGUCCCCGUCUCCAAACACGCAACCAGUAGGGGCUGCCAGAUUGGCAGGUUCAAAUCUCUGUCGCCGCGGGAGCUGGAAGCCUUCAAGAAGGCCAGGGAUGCCUUGGAAGAGUCACUCUUGCUGAAAAACUGGAGCUGCAGUUCUGACCUCUUCCCUGUGUCCUGGGACCCGAGGCAGCUGCAGAUGUGGGAGCGCCCUGUGGCCUUGGAGGCCGAGCUGGCCCUGACGCUGAAGGUCCUGGGGGCCAUGGCUGACUCGGCCCUGGGGGAUGUCCUGGACCAGCCCCUUUGCACCCUGCGUCACAUCCACCGUGAGCUCCAGGCCUGUAUGCCGGCCCAGCCCCUGGCAGGCCCCAGACCCCGGGGCCGCCUCCUCCGCUGGGUGCACCGGCUCCAGGAGGCCCCGAAGAAGGAGUCCCAGAGCUGCCUGGAGGCCUCGGUCACAUUCAACCUCUUCCGCCUCCUCAUUCGGGACUUGAAAUGUGUUGCCAGCGGGGACCUGUGUGUCUGA